UGAUUUUGAGCUGACCAGGCCAGCUGGAGAGAAAGAUAAGUGAAAGAGUGAAGACAUGGACAUGUCCAGGGCAGCAGUGGCCCUGAGCUGCAUAGCACCUUAGCUGCGUCAAAAUGCGCUGGAACGACGGUUCUUUCCAUAAGGGUACAGACGACAUAUGGCACGCGCUCCUACAUUUUGCAUGAGGCCAGUGCUUUCAGAGUCCGAGUGGCUCGAGCGGCACCGGGAGCGGGCUGCCUGCUCGAUAUGGAUAAUCUGUUCCGUCGUAGAAGACUCUUAAAGACCCUGCUCAGCCUGACGUUAGUGCUUGGCACUUUGCUGACCAUCCAAAAGUUCAAAGUGGCGGACAGCGGCGUGAAGGAACUGCAGUGGAAGCCCCGGGACAAGUGGUGGAAGAGUACGCCACAUGCAAACGGUUCGAGUUCGUGGGACUUGGAGGUUUCUGCGGUCACGCGGAGGCCCUUGGGCACCUGGAGCGUGGAGGCAGCGAAUUGCAGCGUGGGAGCUCCGCGCGCGCUUGGCAAGGAAUGGCUACUCAAGCUCGAGCCUCGCUUCCAGCAGUUCGUGCUCCACAGGCACUGCCGUUAUUUCCCCAUGCUGCUCAACCACCCGGAGAAAUGCGGCGGCGACGUGGACGUGCUGCUAGUGGUCAAGUCCGUGAUCGAGGAGCACGAGCGGCGCGAGGCCGUGCGCAAGACGUGGGGCGCGGAGCGCACGGUGCGCGGCAAGCUUGUCAAGACGCUCUUCCUGCUGGGCAGUCCAGCCACGGGCAAGGACACCAAGAACCUCCAGAAGCUGCUGGAAUACGAGGACAGGAUCUACGGGGACAUCCUGCAGUGGGACUUCAUGGACACGUUUUUCAACCUCACGCUCAAGGAGGUCAACUUCCUGAGGUGGUUCCACAUCUACUGCGCGCACGUGCCCUUCGUCUUCAAAGGGGACGACGACGUGUUCGUCAACACCGAGAACCUGGUGGAUCUGAUCAGGUUCCGCACGGAGGAGGGCCGAGAGCGCGAGCUGUUCGUCGGGGACACCAUCUCCAAAGCCAUUCCCAUCAGGAACAAACAGAGCAAGUACUACAUCCCCAAGGAGAUGUUCGACAAGCCCUAUCCGCCCUACGUAGGGGGAGGGGGGUUCCUCAUGUCCGCGCCGGUCGCGCGCAGGCUCUUCGUGGCGUCUGAGGGGCUCGAGCUCUUCCCCAUAGACGACGUGUUCCUGGGCAUGUGUCUGCAGAGGCUGGGCAAAGCGCCCGAGUCUCACCCAGGCUUUAAAACGUUCGGUAUAGUGAAGCGCAGAGUGAGCUCCAUGAACAGCGAGCCCUGCUUCUAUCGCCAGCUCAUCGUGGUGCACAAGCUGAGCGCACGCGACCUGCUGAAGAUGUGGAGCGUGGUGCAGGACCACAAGCUCACGUGCGCCAAGAAGUACAGCCUAUAGCACAAACGGUCCGCUCACUGUGCGCUUCACAGCUCCAAACUGUGUGUGUGUGUGUGUGUGUGUCUCCUGAGAG